UGAUGUAAAUUGUAAAUGCGAAGCCGGAUGCGUGUUUAUUAAUUUUACUUGAACAUAUUGUCAGUUUUAGUAAAAAAAUGGCGCGAAAUAAGUCUCCCUCAGUUAUUUCGGAUAAGGAUAAGGAUAAAAAGAAACCUAAGGAAAAGAAGAAGAAGGAAUCUGGUUCCAGUAGUAGUGAUAGUAGUGGCAGUUCCUCGGACAGUAGUUCGUCCAGGUCGUCGUCGCAGUCUUCGUCCAGCAGUUCGGAGAGCUCAUCUCGCUCGUCGUCCAGCUCCAGUUCGUCCAGCAGCAGUAGCAGUACUAAUGAUAGAUCCAGGCCAAAGAAGAAAGUAUCGCCUCGCAAAAGUCCAGCAAAAGACAAACGUGAACCCAAUAGAGAUAAAGCAAGAGACAAAUCGCCCGCAGACAAAAAGAAAGUCACAACACCAUCAUCAGCAGACAAAUCUAAAGCCAGAGAUAAACAUGAAAGAUCACCAGCUCGCAAGAAACGCGAACGUUCGCCGCCCCCGCGUCCCACACGCAUCCACAUUGGUCGUUUGACACUAAACGUCAACCGUGAACACAUACAAGAGAUAUUCUCAACAUAUGGCACCGUGAAAACUGUAGAGUUUCCUAUGGAUAGACUACAUCCUCAAAAUGGAAGAGGAUAUGCGUAUGUGGAAUUCAGCAAUCCGGAUGAAGCAGAAAAUGCCAUGAAGCAUAUGGAUGGAGGGCAGAUCGACGGGCAGGAGAUCACGGCGGCGCCGGUGCUGGUCCCGUCGCGGCCGCGCCGGCUCUCGCCGCGCCCGCCGCCGCCGCGACACGUGCCCAUGCGACGCCACUCGCCGCCUAGGUACCGGCGCCGCUCGCCGCCGCGCCGCCGCUCGCCGCCGCGCCGGCGCCGCACGCGCUCGCGCUCGCCCCGCGCCGCGCCGCGCCGCCGCCGCUCCAGGUCCUCCUCCUCCUCCUCACGGUAGACACGCACCACCCGCACACACCACAUACAUAGACACAC